ACAGCUAAACGUAUUUAUUACAUAAACUCUUGAUACUUCUGCCUAUUACUACUUAUACCAAUCAAGUCAAACCGGCAUUUUCACUUGAAACUGCAAGCACGAACAGCAGCGAUGUCACGAUCAAUCUCAAUCCUGUCAGCACUAUGCAUUGUACUUCUUUGCGUAAUGGUCAACUGUGCACAUCUUCCAUAUGAAUAUAUGAAUGACCGAAGCGUGUAUCCUAUGUCAGAAUUUGACGGUGACGCUUACUAUUUUCCGGCUUAUCGUGAUAUUGCAGCACAGAAGUAUUUUAAACGAAGAUCUUAUAUGACACCAAGACUUGGCAAAUAAUUGCUGGUGGAUAUUAGCUUCGCGUUUCAAUGAUCUUAUAACCAAAAAAAUAAAGGGUGAAAUAUUUCCAUUUUAUUUAACUGAACAGUAGUCAUCUUUAUAAAAUCUGACGUUUGAGAGUUUAUGUAAUAAAAAAAAACAAAAAUGUAACAAUAAAUCGAUAAAUAUUGUCUUCAAGUAUUCCUCUCUGGGG